AUGGCCGACCAAGGGCAGCUUGGACAGGACUUUUCGGUCUCCAGGUUGCUCUCGCCGCUGCCUGCUUCCACGCUGCCAACACUCUGCAGCCUGGCAGCUUGCGUUCCUGCCGCUCUCCUGCCGCCUGUUUUGCAGCAGGUGGCAGCCAAGACUUUAGGUGUGCCCCUUUCGGAUGAAGUGGCUUCCAAUGUUGUGUGGAAGCUUCAGUACUACGUGCCAGCGGUUUUUGAGUCAUCUCUAGGGCCGACAUGUGUGGACGCGCCGGCGAGCAUGAAAACCUUCCAGGCUUUGGCGCCAUGUGCAGUGCUGCUCCAGGUACACAACAACCGGGACACUUGUCCGUUUUGUGACAACGCGCCGUCGCUCAAGCGUCGCGAAAGUGCUGCUUCUGCCACAGUCCCGAACAGCUUGCACGGACAAUGCCAACUUGAAGAACAUCGCUUCCGAGUGUAUUCACUUGCUGCGGGAGUCCUCUUCGCCUCGUUCCAGGAAAGCAGCUGUCCUUUUUGCAAGCGUUUCUUCUUAGACGAUUGGUGCUUCCAGAAAGGACAGGCCCGGUUUGGUCACAUGACGGAUGUGCAAUACAUUUGGCAGGCGCCCUUGCGCCGCAGUCUCUUCGUGAUCCCCAAGUACCGCAGUUACUAUGCAGUUGAGGUCUCUCUUUUGCAACAUCUAACAGACACGUUGCAGUUUGCAGCUGGCUCCCUUCGAUCCGCAGUGAUGCUGUGGGCUCGCCGCCAUUCUGACAACUUGCAAAAGCAGCUGAUCUUCGGAAAUGAUUUUACAUUGUUGCCCAAAGUGGAAGAAGAUCUGCUUAUGGCAUGGUACACCUGGAACGCUGUCAACCUCUGCGGAAACGAGCCGCGGGAUUGCAACUGGAAGUUCAAUGCUGACUUCGACGAGUCCUUGUUGCAGCAUGUCGCCUGCAUACGCAAGCGUCGCAUGGAUGAUGUAGCGCAGCACCUGCAGACGUGCCCGCAGUGCAAGUUAAAUCCCCUGGUUGUACUUGAUGGCAAGUACGGGGCUCGACGCAUGAUUUGCGCUAGCUUGCAGGGGACACAGCAAUUUGACCAACUGGCCGUAUCUUUUGACACGGGUUGCAUAAAUUUCGCUCCGCCUGGGCACUUCCACUGCAAGGCCUGCCGCAAAACUGGCAAUGUAGAUGCUUUGAUUCGAGGGCAAGUCCAAGUCACCGGGAUGGAGCGUAUCGAGCGUCCCGACAUGCCCGGAGCUGACACUUUCUUCUUCGUUGAGACGAAGGACCCGACGACGAAGGACCCCAAUGACGACCGGACCGUGGAGCUGCUUCUUCCACGGGAGCAAGUACAGCGAUCCUUGCUCUUGCAAUUUGAGAAGGGGUUGUUGGCCAACAAGAAGCAGCACCGCAACAAGAAGCCCAUGUACGUGAAAGGACACAAGCGCACGGCCAAGUGGCUGAAGCCUCGUCUCGAGACGUGCUCCUUUUUCCGCGCAUCGAGACGACGGCUGACUCGAAAAACUCCUGUUCCAGCGACCGUGCCAUCCAGCACGGCCAAGCAAAAGGCUGUCAAAACUACAGUUCGCUUGAAGCCUCAGCCUGCCAAGGCCAGCUGUGCAGUCGAUAAAGACGACUCCAACCCGCUCAAGCGACGCAAAACAACUGGAGGUAUUCUGACUGCUGUCCUCACAUGUGGUUUCCUGGCAGACUUCGUGGAGCUAUGGCGCGGAGAGCAGAUCGAGCUUGUGUAUGCGUUUGCCCUUCGCUUGUACAUGGACAUGCAGCACCGCAACCUCACACUGCGGACAGUGGCGUACGACAACGCUUGCAAGUUACUUCAAAAGGCACGCGAACUUCGCAACAUUCGCGGGCUCCCAAGCCAGCGAUUUGCAGACACAGUUGCCAUGCUCCUGGAUGGCUUUCAUCGUGCUAAUCACACCUGGUGUUUGCAAAAUAUGCCGGAGGUUGACCCUCAGCAGCCUCGGAAUGCUGAGCUGCUCCGUGGCAAAAACACUCAGGCCUGCGAGCAACUCAAUAGUUGGAUUUCUCAGAGGACACGAUCAACCUUGGAUAUGCCACCAGGUCGCUUCCACAUUUACUGGUGGACGCUCCUUCAGCAACACAACCAGUGGACGCAGGAAGAGCUGGCGGCUAACCGCCGUCGGUAUGCCAGAGGGGGCCUGAAAACAGACCCAGACAAGGUGCACUUGCAAUCCAGCCCGUAG